AUGCCUUCUCAAAUAAUGAUACCGACUGAUGCCGACCUCAUCCAAGAUGAGAUUUUUGAAUUAGAAAAGCGUCUUCACGAAGCGAAGGCGCGUCUUAACAAACACCAACCAUCGCCACCCCUGUCACCUACUCCUCAUGCUGCCGAAACAACUCAUUUCUUGCUUCUAUUGUCAGAUUCGGCACUUCCAUUGGGUUCAUUCGCCUUUAGCAGUGGUCUUGAGUCUUAUCUGGCCCAUGAACCUCGCGGUACAGCAUCGUUCACCAACUUUCUUCCGGCUUCGUUAUCCUCAUUCGCUGCGACAACACUUCCUUUUGUUCUCGCAGCACACAGGAACCCAGAAAAACUUGUGGAGUUAGACGAUCAGCUUGAUGCUGCUAUCAUAUGCACUGUAGGCCGACGUGCUAGUGUCGCGCAGGGUCGUGCAUUGCUGGGAAUAUGGGACAAAUCGUUUCGGUCAAGUUGUCCGAACGUUGAUGGGCGCGCAUUACGGGAAUUCGCGGACCUUUUGCGAAAGGAGAGCCAGAAUGAGGUGCCAUUGGUUUCUGGUCAUCUGGCUCCGCUCUUCGGAGCGAUAUGUUCCCUUGUCGGCCUCGGGUUGCGACAGACAGCAUAUGUCUUUAUGCUGAGUCAUGUCAAGGCCUUGAUCUCGGCUGCUGUGAGAGCCAAUGUUUUCGGCCCUUAUCAUGCGCAGAAAGUGUUAGCCGGACAGCAGGUCCAGAGGAUGAUUGACGAUAUGAUCGACCGAGAGUGGAUGACCCCUGUGGAAGAGGCCGGCCAAACAGUGCCUGCUAUGGAUCUGUGGAUCGGAAGACACGAGAUCCUAUACUCGAGGAUAUUCAACAGCUAA